UCACAAAUAUGUCGUAUGGAAAAUUACAAACUGGUUCUGGUUCCAGUAAUGGUCCACCCAUUUAUUAACACAUAAAAUUGUGAGAGCUGCAGUUCAGUAUCACUGCAUUGAGCUGCUGGACAGAGAAUCUAUCUGAGUUUGCUUUGACUUCAGAUGGCAUUCGUCACAAUGAGGUUUCUGAUCCCACUGUGUGUGUCGCUACUGCUGCUGAUUAAUGAACCUACAACUUCCAGCUCUGAUCCAUGCUAUGAUUAUAAAAGUCUUGAUGAAUCCUGGAGAGACAUACGGCAAAGCCAGUACUCUGGAUAUGAUGACACUCUCGUUGAAUGGAGUGGCUGGUAUCGGCUGUAUUUGAAUGGAGAAAGUGCCCAGAUGUCUGAGUGGUGUGUGAGUGAAGUUGCAUGUGGUGGUGAAACUGGACUGUAUCUCAGCGGUUCUCAUCCUACACUUGAGGAUGGAGUGGUGACCCGUGAAGUCCUGGGAAUUUAUUCAAGUUGGUGGGGGAGGUAUUCCGUUGAUUGUGGCACCUACAGAUCCAAGUCCAUCCAAGUCAAAGCCUGUCAAGGAGAUUAUUUCGUCUAUGAAUUUGUCAAACCCAUCAUAUCAGCUCCCGGGCCUAUGUACUGUGCAGUUGCUUUCCAAAGCAUCAGCAGUGAUCCCUGCUACAACUAUGAGUCUCUGGAUCGUCCUUGGAGAGCCAACAAUGAAAGUGGAGAUAACAUUUGUGAUGACUCUUUCUCCUGGAAUGGCUGGUACCGGCUUUACUACUAUGGAAUGGACACCCGGAUGUCAGAGACCUGUGUUAGUUCAUUCAGCUGUAACACAUACAUUAAUCUAUGGCUUAGUGAUCCUCACCCUCAGAUAGAGGAUGGAGUGGUGAUCAGGGAGGUCUGUGGUAGUUAUCAUUUGGGAGGCUGCUGUGAAUACAACUCAAAACCCAUCAGAGUGAAAGCUUGUCCAGGCAAUUACUAUGUCUAUGAACUUGUGAAUCCACAGCUUGGGUGUGCCGGAUACUGCACAGAUGUCAGCACUACUUCACAGGCGGGUUUCAAUGUGACUCCAGAUAAAAUCACUGGAUCCAGUAUCACCUUGAAUUAUGAUCCGUGCAAUAGCUACAACAUACUCGACAACCAGUGGAGAAGCACAAUCAUUUACUGGUAUACAGACGGAUAUGUAAAUAGACAUGAUGACACUCUUGUAGAAUGGGAUGGCUGGUAUCGACUCUUCAUGAAUGGAUCAAGUGCUCAGAUGCCUGAAUGGUGUAUGUCUCACAUGUCAUGUGGAGGUUAUAGUUCUCUGUGGCUUGGUGGCUCUCAUCCUCGGCUAGAAGAUGGAGUUGUUACUCGUGAAAUUUAUGGCUCCCGUAAUGAUCAGUGCAGUCGCUACAGAUCUAACCCAAUCCAAGUCAAAGCUUGUCCUGGAAAUUAUUAUGUCUACAAGUUUACCAGGCCAACUCUUUCAAUCCCAGCUCCUGUAUAUUGUGCAGUACCUGUCUCCAUCCCAAGUGUCGACCCCUGCUACAACUAUACCAGUCUGGAUGAGCCUUGGAGAGCUACAGACAACUCUUACUAUAAUAACUACUUGGGCAUGUGUGAUUCUAAUGUGGAGUGGAAUGGCUGGUACAGGCUGUUCUACAAUGGUCAAAAUACUCAGAUGCCAGAAUCUUGUGUUAGUCAGUACACAUGUGGCACUAGGGACCCACUGUGGCUCAACGGAUCUCACCCACAGCUGGAAGAUGGAGUGGUCACUCGUCAGGUCUGUGUCUCCUCAUGGAAUGGCUGCUGUACUUACGCUUCCCACGCUAUAAGAGUCAAAGCCUGUCCAGGAAAUUACCAUGUUUAUGAGUUUGUCAAGCCAAUAUUUUGUGGAGCUUACUGUGUAGAAGCCUCAAGUCAGUCCAUCUCAUCAUCGUCUACAACAACAGAGACAAUCGCAUCCAUAGAAUCCAUUACUCCAACAAACACAACUACUGAUGUGAGAGAUCCUUGUUCUGAGCUCAGCUGCUCUGAGGAUGAAAGAUGUGGGAUGAAAAAUGGUGUUUAUGGUUGUUUAUGUAAAAAGGACCAUCACACACCACAACCACAUUCUGACUCUUUUGAAUUAUCAGAAUCCUGUGAAAGCAGCUCUGGCUCCAUGUCUGUGUCUCGCUGUCAGCUCUUUGAGGCUGGUUUUCCAGCUGAUGUCUUACACCUCAAUGAUCCCAGCUGCAAAGGAACGGUCCGGAAUGGCAGAGUGGAAUUCCAUUUUGAUAAUGAUGAACACAUCUGUGGUACAAAUCUUGUGGCUAACAGCUCCCACUUCAUCUAUGAUAACUUUAUUCUGGGGACACCGAGGUCAGAGAAAAUCCUGAAGUUUUCUUUCAGCUGUGUUUAUCCUCAAACACAAACACUUUCCAUGAAUAUGGAACUCAACCCACUGGAGAGCAUUGUGCACAAGACUCUUCCCGCUGGUGAAGGCAGAUAUCGUGUCCGGAUGAUUCCAUAUCAGGAUGAUGAGUUUACCCGGCCCUUCACUGGUGCAGUGGAUGCAGAGCUCGACCAGGAGAUGCAUGUGGAAGUUCGUGUUGAGGGGGUCGACAGCCGCCAGUUUGCCCUGGUGAUGGACACGUGUUGGGCUACACCUGUGAAUUAUCCUGAUUACAGCCUCCGCUGGGAUCUCAUCGUUUCAGAGUGUCCCAAUCCAAAUCAUGACACACUGAAGCUGCUGCAGAACGGCGUCUCGACAUCCAGCCGUUUCUCUUUUGGGAUGUAUAUCUACACUGCAAAAUCCACUAAGCUUUACCUGCACUGUGCUGUUCACCUUUGCCUUCUGUCAAGCAAUCGCUGCUCAAUGGACUGUGACUCUGGACACCAGCGGAGAGAGGGCAGGUCUCUGGACUUCCAUGACAGUGCUUCCAUAUCCAUGGGUCCUCUGAUGUUGUCUGAAGGGAACACAGAUAAGUGGGUCCCAGACCAAGUGAAGGUAUCUGAGGCUUCUUGUCUGUGUGGUUCUCUGAUGGUGUUUCUUGUUCCUCUGAUGAGUGUCCUGACACACUUUUAGUUUAGUGCCACAAAA